CCCUGUUGUUGGCAGAUGAGAGUAUCUGACUCCAGACCUUUAGGGGUGAAGGAAUUUGCUGUAUCAGCUACUGUAGUGCACUCAUCAAGUGCUUUGGUAUAUAAAUCUAAUUACAUUACAUUGCUCAUAAAUGAAGUAAAUGACAUAAUAUGUAAUGUUAUGAUACUUUCCAUUUUUGAAUUUAGGUGCACUGUUGCUGUCAUUGAGAAUGGUCUACCACCAGAGAGCAGACACCUAUGGAGCAAGAGGGGAUCUGUGGAUUAUAUCAUUCUAUUAAACUGGGAUGAAGCACCAAAGUCCUCUUUAGACUCCCUUAAGGAUGCUCUAUAUAAGUGGGAUUCAACCGUAACACUUAAACGUGAACCGUUAAAACUAGAAGGUGGCUACGAUGAUUGGUUGCUCCGCUAUCCAAUGUUUACAACAAAUGCUAAAGUCACUGCUCCAGUCAUGGAUGGAAGCAGCUCUCUCAAGUCCACUGCAAACCUAUUGAAUUUUGAUUUUCCAUCCCUGGAAGAUGAAGAACCAAAACAACCACAGCCUUCUGUAAAUGGUCAAUCACACAUGAAUGGAGUUGAUACAGUGAACAAUGGACUGAACGACAGGCCUAUCCCUGCUUUUGACAGGUCAUCAAAGCCUAAGCCAACAAACAAAUCAAAAGUAAAUGGCAGUGAGCCACCUAAGCCUAUUGUUAGCAGUACAGAGAGUAAACCAUUACAACCCAUAUCGUCAAAUGGAACUACAAGGUUUGAUGGAAAUCUACCACCUGUCUCAGGUGCCGGAGAUGUUCUGGAAGGUAGUGCAGCUGAGGUCAAGAAGACAGAGUCUGCUUCCUCUCAAGAAACAAAGUCCUCCAUGCCGCAAUUUAAUCGAGCUUUAAAGCCAAGUCUGGGAACUACAGAACCCAUAGAGGAUAAAAAACCAAUAAGCAACUUAACAGUAGAUAUCACUGACAUCAAACCACCAGAAUACAAGGAACCUGAAACCAUAGAUAGAAAACCAGAGGUGGCUGAAGUUGAUGAAGUAAUGCAAACACAGGAAGACAAAUUGAAAUUGCACAAGGAUAAGGAAAAGCGGGCUAGGAUGGACCUUGAAAAACUACGGAAUUCAAAGAUAAGCUCUGAAAAUAUUGAGCAGAAAAAGAAAUUGGAAGCCAUGGAAGAGCAAUUAAAUGCAAUGUUACAACAAAUGGAGAAAGACAGAAUACAGAUGGAGGCCGAACGGAAACAAAUUGAAGAAAAAUCUAAGGCACUGGAGAAUGAAAGAAAAAUGUUGAAAGAAAACGAACGAAAACUACUCGAGGAAAUGAAAGCCAAAGAAAAUGCACAAAGGUUUAUAAACCCACAACUACCACCAAAUUGGGAAAAAAGAUAUGAUGAAAAAUCUAAGAAAUACUAUUAUAUUAACCAUAACACUAAAACAACAUGCUGGGAGCCCCCAGGCACAAAACUUAAACCAAGCAGUGUCCCUCAAUAUAUUCCUGCAAAAGUUUCCUCUCUUGAAAAGCCUACCCCCAAAAAACCAAAUGUUCAAGACCAGUUUUCCCCUAGUAAAGCACCCCUUCAGGACAAGCCCACUCUUAGUAGUUUGCCCCAGCAGGACAAACCUACUUCCACUAAAGCGCCUCUUAAAGACCAACCUAAGCCUAAACUGAGUCAAUCCAUGUCAUCUCCAAAUAUUGCUCAAAUGGUUCUCAAUGAAGAAAGCAAAUCUGUGGAUGUACCAGCCUUUGAUCGAAGUAUAAAACCAUUAAGCAGUACAACUCGUAUUCAAGACUCCAAUAAAAUUAUGAAAAGUAAUCGUAACUUAGCAGCUACCUAUGGGGGAAUGGGACCUGGCUUAACUGGUUUACGUAAUCUUGGUAACACAUGCUUUAUGAAUAGUGUCGUGCAGUGUUUGAGUAAUACCAAGUACCUGACGGACUAUUUUGUCUCAAAUAUCUAUCAAAGAGACAUUAAUAGGGAGAAUGUCUUGGGACGGAAGGGAGAAGUGGCAGAGGAUUAUGCAGUGGUGGUGCGGGCUCUGUGGUGUGGUCAGUACCGAGCUAUUUCUCCACGGGAUCUUUCCAACACGGUCAUUAAGUAUGUCCCACAAUUCAACCAGAAUAUAGGCCAUCACCAUGACUCACAGGAGUUUCUAAUCUUCUUGAUGGAUGGAUUGCAUGAAGAUUUAAACCGAGUGAAGAAGAGGGAGUAUAUUGAAGAGAAGGACAAUAAGUUACCGGAUAAUAAGGCUGCUCAGAUAGCCUGGGACAACUACAAGCGCCUCAACCAGUCUAUCUGCGUGGAACUUUUCCAGGGACAGUACAAGUCCACAGUGCAAUGCGAAACAUGCUUGAACAUAAUGGUCAAGUUUGAUACGUUCAUGUACCUGUCACUACCUAUACCUAAGAGUAACAAGUGCUCAUUAACAGAUUGCCUAGAUCAUUUCUCCAAGCCUGAGAAGUUGACUGGUGACAAUGCGGUAAAGUGUACUCGUUGCAGGGUGAAACGUAACUCAAUUAAAACUAUAACAAUUUGGAGGACACCCCCAGUCCUUAUUAUCCACCUAAAGAGGUUUUACUUUGAAGGACGUUGGCGGCAAAAGCUUCAAACCAACAUAGAUUUCCCAUUAACAGGCUUGGACCUUAUACCUCACACUGUGGGACCCAAAGUAAAUUGUAGCUAUUUCUUGUACGGAGUGUCCAGCCACACCGGAGGCUUAGAUGGCGGACAUUACACAGCCAUGUGUAAAAAUCCAAGGACGAAGAAAUGGUAUAAAUAUGAUGAUCAUGAGGUAUAUGACAUCUCCUCCAGUAGAGCCAAGCAAGGAUCAGCGGCUUACAUCUUGUUCUAUUCAUCCAAAAACUGGUAAAACUGGAAAUCUUUCCUGACAGCUUGUCAUUCAGUUUGAUUGACAGUUGAUCAGUUACACCAGCCAAGUGAAGCACUUUGAAUCAGUCAGCAUAAUCAUUCCUGUUCCAAGACCACCUGGUUGUACAUAUUGUCACAUGACCCAAUGUUGCGUAUCCUACUUUCCGCUGGACUGUUUGAUUGAUUGACAGCAAUGUGAUUGACAGAACCUGCUCAUAACUUCCUGUUAUAAAGACCAGUGCUACCAAGCUUUAAAAAAAAUCAUAUGAUAAUGGUGUGUCUGCUUUUCUAGUCAAAUAGUGCGGUACUUUAGAUCAUCAUGUCCACCUUGGUCACUUCUUGUCCAAUGAACUGACCACAUCAAGUAAACUUGAUGUGUAUGUGUGUUGGCAUUGUUGUACCUGUGCAUUACCUAGUAGACUACUGUAUUUGUUGGCUUUUUUGCUGCAUGUAUAUCUUUUACUAAUAAUCACAAAUAUUUAUAUUGUACCUACGUUAACACCUCAAAGUGCUUAACAACAUAAAUGUAAAAAUAAAGUAAGUAGAAACAACAAUUAUAAAAUACAACCCUAAAUGUGGGUUUCAGUAAGCAGCAGUGCUGGAGAUGGUGACAUUCAAAUAGUUACACCUGUCAAUGUCAAAAUAACGUCACUGUCUGAAUUUGACAAUAUAUAUUGUAUACGCAGAUAAUCCACUAAAGAAAAAAUUCUGAGCUUUUUCACUUUCCACCACAGGAUAAGCCUAUGGCUCCACUACCAUUACAGUGACGCUACCUAGGAAAAAAGUGAUUUUGAGCAAUGCCAGUGUACACCCACUUUGCUAUCGUCAGGAACAUUGCGCCCUCCCCCCUUCCGUCAGGCCAUUGACACUAAAUCCUGGUGCCACCCCUGGUUUUAAGAAGUGUUUGUAAUGAUACAACAGAAUUGGCCUGUCUGAUAUGGUCUGCAAGUUGACCUGCCACACUAUCUUGGUCAAUACUGGAAGGCAGAAUUCUUCUUUCUUUCGUCUAGUGUUGAAAACACUGUUAACACGAAAAUAAAAAUGAAAAGCUCCUAUAUGCCAAGCCAGGUACAAUGUGUCUGAUAGCACGUUUUACGCAAACUUCACUGUUGUACUUUAAAAAGCAACCAAGGUGCAGUAUCAUUUGCGCUAUGGGUAUUUUUGUUGAGCAAUUUUUUUUAAAUAUUAAGCAAGAGAGGAAUAAAAUUGAUUGUCUGUAAGGAUCGAAAUCCUAAGGGUUCGGCUGAAAGGAAAAAGAUGUAUGCUAUAGUUAUAGGCUGUGGGGUACAGAAAGUCAAAAAUUGUCCAAUAAAUCAAUCAAUCAAUAGA